CAGACGGAAGCUACUCAGCGCGCACGCGUCCUGUCUGCUGCAACCUGACAGACCAGUCAGACCAGUGAAAUCGGUCUUAUUCUCUAACUAAUUUGGAUCAAUGUGUGACCAAGUGAUUCGGUUAGAGUGAAAGAUGGAACUUCAGUCUCUGAGGACAGAAACAGUGAAGGAGGGAGAAGAGAGACAGAGGGGAGGAGAGGGGGAGGAAGGAGAGACUGCAGGAGGAGGAGGGAGAGGAGGAAAGACCAAGAACGCAGGUAUGAAGAGGAGACAUGAGGAAGAGGAGGAUGAAGAGACCUCACCCACCAAGAAGAAGGUGAUUGAUCACAGUGUGAAGGUGGCCAGUCACUACAACAGUCUGCAGGAAGUUGGCCUGGCUGCUCGAAGUCGAAGCAAAAUCUUCUUCAUGAGGAACUUUAACAACUGGCUGAAGAGUGUCUUGAUCGGUGAGAUUCUAGAGCAGGUUCGAGGGGCGGGACGUCAGCAGGUGUCUGUGUUGGACCUUGGCUGUGGGAAAGGAGGAGACCUCCUGAAAUGGAGAAGAGGCGGGAUCAAUCACCUGGUCUGUGCAGAUAUUGCAGGAGUGUCUGUGGAGCAGUGUCAGAGUCGUUAUGAAGAAAUGAAGAAAAAAAGUCACGUUAACGAGAAAAUCUUCAGCGCUCAGUUUAUUACUGCAGACUGUUCCAAGGAGAUUUUGUCAGAGAAGCUGGAUGACCCUGAACUGAUGUUUGACAUCUGCAGCUGUCAGUUUGUUUAUCAUUACUCCUUUGAAAGCGAACAGAAAGCUGACACGAUGCUGAGAAAUGCCUGCGAGCGCCUGAAACCCGGAGGUUACUUUAUCGGAACGACGCCAGACGCCUUUGAACUUGUUAAACGUGUGGAGGCGUCGGACUCUCUGUCGUUUGGUAAUGAGGUUUUUAAAGUUUCCUUUCAGUCCAAAGGUUCGUAUCCUCUGUUCGGAUGUCAGUAUCACUUCAGCCUCGACGAUGUGGUCGAUGUUCCAGAGUUCCUCGUCUACUUUCCUCUCUUUGAACACAUGGCAAAGCGUUACAACAUGCGUCUGGUGUUGAAGCAGAGAUUCUCGGAGUUCUCUGAGGAGAAAGUGAAGAAGGAGCAUCAUCGCAGCCUCAUGAUGAAGAUGAUGGCUCUGGAGCCAUUUCCCUGUGAGGAUGGAGGUCGACAGGCUACAGACAGCAGAGAGUACUGCCAUGCUAAAGAGCACUGUAGCAGAGCUGGAGUCAAACUACCACUGGGAACUCUAAGCAGAUCCGAGUGGGAAGCAGCCAGUAUCUACCUGGUAUUUGUCUUUCAGAAGAUGUCUUGAUGCUGAAAAAAAGUCUUGUUUGGCUUGCAAACUCACCUGCUGCAAAUCAGCUCACCUGUUCUCCAUCUGGUGUUUGUACAGUGUUUACCUUUUUUCUUUGAAAAUUAGUUUUUGUUAAAGUAUGAACUGUUUGGGUUUGUUGAAAUUAAUUAAAACUAAAUUUAAAGUCA